AUGUUUAUACAAUUUAACUCACGAUUUCAAGGCACUCCUAUUCCCGAUGAGGCUGAGGUGCCAAAUCCCUUUUAUCUAGAACUAAUACAGAUGAUCUCGAAGAUCCAGUCAUCUUUGGAAAAUUGUGAUUUGAUGCUGCUCUCAGGCGACGUCAUACUUCUUCGGGAUGCGUCUGCCGCCUCUAUAUCCAUCAUCCUCCGUCCUAGCCGCAUAUCUAAUUUAAAGUUUGGACAUUCCUUCCACAAUCUCAUUGAUGUUAUCUACAAGCAUCCAGUAAUGGUGAAACGCGCCAACGCUUUUUUUGCACAGCCUACGGUCCAUCUCUCCUCUCCUUCAGAUCACCUG